AUGGCGACCUCGUUCUUAGAUCUGCUCACGCAGAACCAGCCGAGUCUUCAGACACGACAGGCCUUACUGGUCCUUGGCCUCCAAAAUGACUUCAUCUCACCGAGCGGGAGACUACCUGUUGACACCAGCUCCGGAUUUGUUCAGCGAAUCCAAGAAAUGGUUCCAAUAUUCCGAGAGAAUGCUGGCGACAUUGUCUGGAUAUCGACAUGCUACCACGAAGAUCGUAUUGUGAACGAUCCUGUGGGUGAAGGCGAUGUCAUCCUCUUAGACAUGCUGGACUCUGCUGGAGAGGAGUCAGACGACAGUGCCGAUGAGGUCAAGGACGCCUCUGCUGCUGCAUCCAAAGCACGUGCUUCUCGACACAAGAGCCGUGCCUUAGAUUUGCUCAAGAAGAUGUCAUCACGCAGGCACUCUAUACGAGAACCGUCUUCGGUGCCAGUAGAGGAAGACGAGACAUUCUUGUCAAACACUUCUGCUCACCCGGCGUGUUGCAUACCUAACACUGAUGGGGCAAAAUUUAAUCCGGAAGUCGAGGCCUGUAUUGAUUCUUCUGCAGAUCUCACCGUUGUGGCCACGAACUACUCCGCGUUCAAUUCAACUGCUCUCUUGAUCAAUCUUCGUGCCAAGCUUAUCACAGAGCUCUACAUAUGCGGCUGUAUUACGAAUAUCUCUGUUUACGCCACCGCACUGGAUGCUGCCCGGCACGGUAUUGCUAUAAAUAUAGUCCAUGACUGUCUUGGUUAUAGGAAGGUCUUGCGUCACGAGGAAGCAUUAAAGCAAAUGACAGAAGUCAUGGGAGCCAAUCUCAUAUCAAGUGAAGAGAUCACCACAGUUUUGACAGCUCCAAUCGAAAUCGAGAGUUCGAGAAGCAAGAAAAAGAAGACCCAAAAAUCGAAAGAAGAUACAGAUCUAAACGAACUUGUAGGAAAUAUGAGCCUCAAUCAACACCCUUUCUCGCCACCAGAAAACAGUUUUCGGAAGAAGGCAUCACUGGCUGCUUUGAGACAAGCUGCUACUAGACUUGCAACAGCGUCAAGCAAGCAAGAGCCUAUGCCAAACGCUAGGGAUGAGCCGCCAUCAGGCAUGACGAAGUCAAAAAUCCGUAUGCGGUCGAGGAAGAAGCCACUCGAUGAGAAGAAGGACACUAUGACUGACCCAGCCGCUAGUAGUGAUCUGAGAGUUGGUAAAGAAUCUUCCAGGCCAAGACCAAGUUCAGCCGUUGAGUCAUCCAGCAAAAAGGCAAGCACCAGCAUAACUUCACCGGAAAAGGAGAAAGAAACGUUGAGUCAGAAAGCUUCCAGAGUGUUCCCGUCUCUGAAACUUGCCAAGUCCCAAGUACAACUAGCAACUGAAUCCAAGACAGCAAGAUCGCCAGUCACACCAACUCGCCCAAAAUCAUUUGCACUUGCACAGGGAUCACAGUCUGUGAAAGAAGAACAAGACAAAGCGCGUCCGCAUAGUCUAUCAGCUAUGACUAGCACCAAGAAACCUCAGUCUUUAGCAACGUUCCCAACCCUCGGACCAAACGAUCGCAUUGGUGAGGGAGACUCGUGCAUCAUUUAUCACUUCUUUCCUGAAAAUUUCAAACGUACUGCUCGAUCUGAGGUUGCUAUUUCUGAUGAAAUAUUCUCGCUACUGCAUAAUGAAGUCAAAUGGCAGAAGAUGUUUCAUGCCCAAGGCGAAGUGCCGAGGCUUGUAUGUGCACAAGGAGAUUUUGGGAAAGACGGAAGUAUGCCCAUCUAUCGACAUCCAUCCGAUACGGCAUUGCCUCUACUGCACUUUUCGCCGUCCGUGCAGUUGAUAAAAGAGCAGGUUCAAAAGAUCGUAAAGCAUCCAGUUAAUCACGUGUUGAUCCAGUUGUACCGUUCAGGGACCGACUGCAUCUCCGAACACUCGGACAAAACGUUGGACAUUGUCCGAGGCUCGAGCAUAGUCAACGUCAGUUUUGGAGCGCAACGAACGAUGCGUCUCAGGACGAAAAGAUCAGCCAAAUUGGACAAAAGUACUGUUGAAGCUGCGAGGACUACGCAACGAAUUCCUAUGCCUCACAACUCGAUGUUUGUUCUUGGGGAAGAGUCAAACCAACGCUGGCUGCAUGGCAUACUACCAGACAAGCGCUUGGAUGAGGAGCGUAGUGCCGCAGAAAAGGCAUAUUGUGGGAUGCGUAUAUCAUUGACAUUCAGACACAUUGGCACAUUCAUAGAUGGAAGAUCGAGCGUCAUUUGGGGACAGGGAGCUACUACGAAGAUUCGCGAAGAAGCUAUCGAAGUUAUCAACAACGACGACAAGAAAACACAAGAGAUCAUCCGGGCAUUUGGCACGGAGAAUCAGAGUACGAAUUUUGACUGGAAAGCAGUAUAUGGAGGAGGGUUCGACGUGCUACACUUCCGAAAACCACCACGCGACGAACCAAUAUUUUUCACGUCACACAAUUCCAUUGCGAACUCUCAGGUCGCAGUAUGUCUAUCUGAGCUCGAUAUAGCGCACACAACUUACAGCCCUCCACCACCAUUCGACAAAGCCUCGACAACGACUGUACAAAUUGGGUAUCGUGACUCGGAUACGCGUCAUGCAGAGAUAUUUGGUGCGGUUCCCAUCUUACUAUACCUGGACCGCUACCACCAGUUUGACCGCAGCGAGCAAGGCAAGCCAGCCACAGCACUAGCCUAUCAAGUCUUGUUCAAGGUCGAAAGCUUACACCAAAGAUGGACGAAUUUGAAAGACAAAGAAGAAACACCUGACAGUAUCCUUGAGAUGCUGGAUGAGCUUGAUGAUAUCAAUGACAUGCAUGGUCAAGACUACAUUGCCGGCAACCGUCUGAGUAUUGCAGAUUGCGCAAUGUGGCCGAUGCUAGAUACAAUAAUAGAAAACUGGGAUAGUUGGAGCACGGAGAAGUUUCCUAGACUUUCGGCGUAUUAUACGAGGAUUUGGACACGAAAGAAGAGCUUCGGGAAGCUGCGUAAAACCCUCCCAAGACAUGCUUGA